AUGGCGGGAGGGAGCAGCUCCCACAUGAAAACUUUGGAGGAUUUGACUCUAGACUCGGGCUACGGCGCCGGAGACUCGUGCAAGUCCCUCAGCCUCUCCUCCUCCUCCAAGUCCACCUCGCAGGCGUUCGUGAACGCCCCUCACCGGGGCAACUGGUGGUACUACUCGGGCUCCAUGAACAGCCGAAAUAACAGCUGGGACACGGUCAACACCGUCCUCCCCGAGGACCCCGAGGACAUUUUCUCCAAGUGCCCGCGCCUGCCCGAGCUGGAGGAGUUCCCGUGGACCGAAGAGGACGUGGGGAACAUCCUGCGCCGCGUCGCGGGCGAGGGCGCUUCAUUCUCGUCCGAGGCCGUCCGGAGGCUCUCGGUGCUCAUGCGCCGGGCCCUGGUGCGCAUCGCCCGCGAGGCUCAGAGGCUCAGCGUGGCGCACUGCCGCUGCACGCGCUUCGAGGUGCAGAGCGCCGUCCGCCUCGUGCUCAGCUGGCCGCUCGCGGACCGCUGCGUGUCGGCCGCCGUGCGCGCCGUGUCCACGCACAGCAUGAGCGCCGGAGAGCCGCUGCGCAGGGGCAAGUCGCGCCGCUGCGGCCUCGCACUGCACGUGGGACGCUUCUUUCGUUGGAUGGUGGACACGCGUGUGUCCGUGCGCGUGCACGAACACGCGGCCAUCUGCCUAAGCGCGUGCGUGGAGGCGCUCGUGGAGGAGGUGGGCGCGCGCGCGCUGGCGGCGGCUACGGGGGACGGAGCGCCCAUCACGGCCGAAGCCCUAGAGGGGGUCGUGAACAACGAUGCAGAGCUGUGGGGGGUCCUGCAGCCCUACGAGCAUCUCAUCUGCGGGAAGAACGCCAACGGCGUGCUGUCACUUCCGGCCCACUUCAGUCCGUACACAGAGGGCCAGCAGGCUGGGGUUGAGAGCAGAGAGGAUGCGUACGCCCAACUGGAGCUCCGUACCCUGGAGCAGUCUCUACUGGCCACCUGCGUGGGCAGCAUUUCUGAACUGAGUGAUCUGGUGUCUCGGGCCAUGCACCACAUGCAGCGUCUGAGCUCUGUGCGACCCGGACUCAGUCCAGCCCGCCACACCCGCCAGCAGCCUGUCUCCUGGUCUCCUGAUGCCCUCCACACGCUGUACUACUUCUUACGCUGUCCUCAGAUGGAGUCAAUGGAGAACCCCAACCUGGACCCACCUAGGAUGGCCCUAAGCAAAGAGAGACCCUUCCUCCUGCUCCCACCCCUCAUGGAGUGGAUGCGGGUGGCCAUCGUACACGCUGAGCAUCGCCGCAGCCAAUUGGUGGACAGCGACGAUGUCCGACAGACAGCGCGCCAGCUCCUGCCUGGGCUGGACUGUGAGCCCAGGCUACUAAAGCCAGAAUGCUGUUUUAGUUCCUUCAGAAGGCUGGAUGCCAAGGCCGCCACUGAUAAGUUCCAGCUGGACCUGGGCUUUCGCAUGCUUAACUGUGGUCGUACUGAUCUGAUAGGCCAGGCCAUCGAGCUGCUGGGGCCAGAUGGGGUCAACAGCAUGGAUGAUCAGGGCAUGACCCCGCUGAUGUAUGCCUGCGCAGCUGGAGACGAGGCUCUGGUCCAGAUGUUGAUCGACGCUGGAGCCAAUCUGGACAUAGCAGUGCCGGUGUGCUCCCCUAAACACCCCUCUGUCCACCCUGACAGUCGCCACUGGGUGGCGCUCACGUUUGCGGUGCUGCAUGGACACAUCUCUGUAGUACAGCUCCUCUUGGACGCUGGCGCAAGUGUGGAGGGAGCAGCAGUGCGUAACGGGCAGGAGAGCUGUGCAGACACCCCGCUGCAGCUGGCCUCUGCAGCAGGGAAUUAUGAGAUGGUGACUUUGUUGUUGGCGCGGGGCGCUGACCCCUUGCUGAAGGCUCAUGAAGGAAACGUUCUUACGUCAUCGCUCUAUGAGGACAUGAACUGCUUUAGUCACGCUGCUGCACAUGGCCACAGGAAUGUACUGAGGAAGCUCCUCUCUCAGCCACAGCAGGUGAAGGAGGACGUGCUCUCUCUGGAGGAGAUUUUAGCGGAGGGUGUGGAGAACGAGGCAGUGGGACCCAGCAGGAAUGGAGAUAUCCCGCCCUCUCCCAACCCAAGCCUGGCCUCAGAGGGUGGACAGCCUCGCCUCUGCAAGGCUCGUAUGAAGGCCCUUCAAGAGGCCUCUUUCUACAGCGCUGAGCAUGGCUAUCUGGACGUCACCAUGGAGCUUCGGUCACUGGGAGUGCCCUGGAAGCUGCAUGUGUGGCUGGAGUCUCUGCGCAGCGCGCAGCUGCAGUCUAGAGCCGCUGUCACACUCUCUCUAUUGCGAGAUUUCACCUCCAUCAGGGAGGAGGAUUACUGCGAGGAGCUGCUCUCUGUAGGCCUGCCGCUCAUGUUCAGCAUCCUCAAGAGCAGCAAGAAUGAAGCUAUAAUCCAGCAGUUAGGCUCCAUCUUCAGUCACUGCUAUGGACCUGCUCCCAUUCCUCUCAUUCCAGAGAUGAAGCCCACUCUUUCAGCACAGCUCGACCCUCACUUUCUGAAUAACCAGGAGAUGUCGGACGUGACAUUUCUGGUGGAGGGGAAGCCGUUCUAUGCUCACAGGGUUUUGCUGAUUACAGCGUCUGAGAGGUUUAAGUCCCUUCUGGGCUUCAACAGUUCUAAUAGCUGUCAGCACUGCAAGGAUAUUGAGAUCAGCGAUGUGAAAUACAACAUUUUUCAGGUGAUGAUGUCAUACUUGUACUGCGGAGGGACAGAAUCUCUGAAGCUGGCCAUGCCGGCGUUGCUGGAGUUGCUGUCAGCGGCCAGUUUGUUCCAGUUGGCGGGACUUCAACGGCACUGUGAACAGCUGUGUGCUCAGAACAUCGACCUGGACAAUGCAGUCAGUAUUUACAACACUGCCAAGGCACACGGGGCGGCGGAGCUGAGUGCAUACUGUGAGGGCUACUUCCUCCAGAACAUGAGUGAACUGCUGGAGAGAGAGAGCUUCCGGGGGCUACUCUGUGGACCCACGACACGCUCAUGCCCGGGGAGAGACAUGCUUCUGGAGGAACUGGAGGCUACGCUAACCUGCAGGCUCCGCUCACUCCACAUCACCUCUCGCGUGUGAGACCACAGAGAAGCAUGAGAUGGAAAAAUAAAGUUGGAGGUGGACAAUGAUGGGGAAGCCAAAGAGAGAAAACGAGAGGAGGAAGCAGUAAAAAAUAAGAAAGUGGAAGAAGUAAGAGGAGCAGAGGAGGAUGACGUGGUUGGACACAAAGAAGCUGGAUGUGAACGUUGAGCAACGUGGGCAGAAAUAACGACAACCGAUUCAUGCAUUGGGAGCAACAAUGGACAAAGCAAGACUGUACAAGUGUGUAAAGAUACAUAUACUGAAUGCAGUGGCAUUCUUGUAGCUAAAGCUAUCAAAAUUUAGAAACCCUAAAAUUGUGUCUGAGGAACAGCCCUUCCUCUAUACUCUGACAAGCGUCCAUUUUGUAAAGAGUUCAUAUGGUAGUAGUCGUGCUGGAUGGAGUGGGAAAAAUGAAAUUUUUAUAAGCUAAAUUACAACAAAUGUAUUGGAGAAAAAAAAGGACAUUUUCUAUUUAAAAUAAUGUGAGAUUAUUUAAGUUCCCUUUUUAUUGUGCUCUAUGCCAAACAAAUAAAAUAAUAUAACAUAAUUUCUUUA